ACAGGCAUUUUAAAGCUGACCGGGGCGGCGCCGCGCCAGGAUAAUUCACAAGUCUCCGAGUCUUCUUUCCCCUUUUUUAAAUUUUCACCGAUUUAAAUUACGUAACAGAUUAAAUGUGCGGGUGAAGGUGGGAGAUGUGUGGCUCUGCCGGCCGGGGCUGGUUAGCCGGAAUGUAGACGCAGCCUGCGCAGACACGCACGCACGCACACACAUCGUCAUGCGGCGGCUGAUCGGAGACUGAGGCAGGCGAAUCUCGAUCGAGCGUGAGGAGAAACUGCCUCCAUGACAAGAUGCCAACCUUUUCCGUUAUGUAUAAAGGAGCCGUCAUCAUUAGCAGGACACUCAUGGGUCCAUACGGUGUCGACAGAACAGUUCAUUCCUUGGACUUUACAGAUUGUGAGAAUGGUUUAGGUAUUAAAGUGAUUGGAGGAGUAAAGGAGCUAACCGGAGAAGAGUUUGGAGUUUAUGUUAAAAGGAUUUUACCUGGUGGCCUUGCUUCAAGUGAUGGAAACCUUUUACCAGGGGACCAAAUCUUGGAGGUUAAUGGUGAAAGUUUAUUGGGUGUCACAAGUGAAAGAGCUGUGGAUGUCUUGAGAGCAGCUUCAGCAACCAAUCACAUGCGACUUCUUAUCGCCAGGGACGAGGAGGCAAAGAAAGAAUUUGCCGAUUUAUUGGAGAAAUAUGGCUCCAACGGUAGCACAGGAUCAACACGCAACUCUCCAGUACAGCAAGGCGGUCGCUACCUGGAAAGUACAUCUUCAGGUUCUUCAUCUCGCUCUCAGAGUCCCUUGUUGUUAAGCCCAGCUGGCUCUCAGAACAUGUACAACAACAGUGGACCUAUGCUGCGCUCCCUCAGUCACCCGGGUGAAGGAGUGAUUCAACUCAUUUCUGUGACUCGAUCUAGCAGUAUGGGCAUCACACUGGGAGGUGGCUCCAAUCGCCCUGAUGGCCCAGCAGUCUUCAUUCAGGAGGUGCUGUCAGGUGGAGACUGUCACCGAGAUGGACGUCUAAGGCCAGGAGAUCAGCUUAUUGCCAUUAACAAGGAGUCUUUAAUAGGUGUUACCCACGAAGAGGCUAAAAGUAUGAUGAACAAAGCCAAAAUUAGUCAGGAAAGUGCAGUGGAGAUUGCUUUCAUCCCAGGUAAAGGGCUUUUCCAAAGCAGUACAUCUCUCCACAAUGGCGUCCAUCGAGCAGCAGCCAACUGUCACAAUUCUGGACGCUUAAAAGUCCACAUACGAUCACCAGAGAUCUGUGCAGAGGAGCCCGACCCGGUGUCCUCGCCUUCCCCUGACAUCUGCCCACCGGAUAUCCACAUUUCAGAUUCAACCAAUCAGAGGUCAUCCACUGGGACUAAACCGAAAAUCACACUUGACCCCUACAUCCGGCUCAAAUCUGACAAACUGGAUUUGGCUCUGUCCUUCCUCGGCUUGGAUGUCACAGAUGAGAAAAGAAAGAAGUUGCGACAGAGCUUGACAACAGACCCGCAAGGCACGGUGGCCUAUGGAGACUUUGUAGACGCCACACGGACCGUUUUCCAGGAUAACUUGGAGGAGCUCAGUUUAGCAGCAGGUCCUUUCAUGUUCUCCUAUCAUGAAGCAGCCAGUCUAAUGGACACGUCGGCCUUCCAUUCCCCUACAUAUGAAUCAGAGUGCAGCUAUAACAGUGAAGAUAUGGAACAAUUUCAGACAGAGGUGAAAGAGCUACAAACACAGAUGAAGCAGCUCAAGACGGUUCUAAAAGACAUGGAGCACAGCAAGAAAACUCUGGAAGAUGAACUGCAGAAGACUUCUGAGAAAGCGUGUUUGACCGUGGAGGAGAAUGUUCGUCUGAAGACCCGUCUGCAAGCAGCUGAGGCUGAGGUGGGGCAGCGUCACGGGAGCAGCGCCGAGCAGGACUACGAAGAUGUGAUCCAGCUUCUGGAGGCUGAAAUUAAAGACCUAAAGAACCAGCUUGCCAGUAAAAGACAAUCACGGGGAGACGAGUCCAGCAAGGAGGAAGUGCAAGAACUGAGCAGGAGGCUGACUGCUAUUGACUGUCAGCUUCGGAAGUCUGAGGUCAACAGAAAACACCUUGAGAUGUCCAACAAGAAACUGCUGGGCUUUGCACAGGCAAAAACCCGAAAGAUUGGGGUAGGGCGGUUUUUUGUGCCUUUUUCAAACCCUAAAAGAAGCCUCGUCAAAUGCACGCUAUGGAUAAGGUUCUGUCAUCGACCACAUAAACGACUGAAAAUCAAGACAGUCACCCAAGGACACCUAUGCUUGCUCAAAGAACGUCCACAAGGUGUUAACAACACCCAGCCUUUUUGGAGGAGAACUCGGGAGCAACAGAUCGUCACCGGCCGCAGACAGUCCAGACACCAUGUCGCCACUUCCCGAUCCCGCGUUGCAACUGGCGGUCAAGGCCAAAGAGCUGGUACAAGGCAUAUUCACCCUCCCAACUGAUGAUAAAGGGACAGAAGAGGAAGUGGCCCCAGAUGUCAGCUCUCACGCCAUGUGAAUCACAACGCCGACCAAGGAAGAACUUUAAUAGAAUGAAGCCGAUCAGACUCGACACAACUAGGACCGUCUGACACCUUUUCGAACUGGAUGUCAUUUCAGUUCCACAGGUCCUAGCGACGGAUUGAACUCAACGAUUUUAAUGCCAAAGCUCUCGUGUGUGCAUCCAGUUAAGACAUCCUCAGUUUCCAGUGUGGCUUCUGCAAAUGGACUAAACCAAUACCUGAUAUUUCUCCCCUUUUAUGGACUCUAUCAGCUUCCUCAAUGUUUAAAUUGGAGGUUUCUGAACAUUUUAAUCUGAGAAAAAUCAAAUGAUGCAACUUGAAAUCCUUCCACUUUCAUUUGUUAAACAUCGGAAUCGGGUAAAGAAAAAACUUUUUUUUUGGAAGUAUUAACACACUGGCUGCCAUUGACGGCAAAAUGAUCACUCAUUCUAUUGUUAAAGCUGAGAAGAGCACCAGAACGGAGGCUGAACUCAAGCUUCUUGCACAGGCCAUAUUCAAUUGUAUCAUCAUUUGCUGACAACCAAUAAAAGCUGGGCAACCGUCAGCAGGUUUAUAUUCAAGACGUAUCUACGCAUGACCCCAGCACGCUGUUUUUGCAGACCCAAUUCUUCCUGACCUAUUUUUUUACUCUUUCAACAAAUAACACAUCCCAUUGCAUGUAAAGGACAAUCUAAAUCCACAAGUCUCCGUAUUAACUCGCCACCAUCUGUUUCUUCAGUCGAGAUUUUUAUGAACUGCUAAGAAAGUAGUAAGUGAUCCUUUAACCUCCAUUGUUGGACUUCUUUUUGGUAGUUUCAGCUGAAUCAGAACAAGAUUUCAUUGUGGGACAAAAGACCACUCUGACUGUUGAUUGUUCAGUCACCAUCUCUGGAUGUUGAUAGGGCUGUUGGUGUACAGGAAAGAAAUCACCGCUGUAGCUCCUGUUGUGUAUUCUUGUUACUAGUCAAGAGUGUAAGCAGCCAUCAUCAUGGUUAUGGAUAAAGGUUGACCGAUAUGUUGGGCCAAUUUUUUCAAGAUCGGUCAAUAUAAUAGGAUAACUGUUAUGGUCACAGUUUGGGUGAUCUUUGUUCAUUUUCAUUUUGCACCACCUAGUGGUCAGUGUUACAAAAGGACAUAGCAGAACAAAAAAUUGCAGGUAGUCCCCAGGUUACGAGUCUUACGACGUAGCCGACUUUCGCGAUUUCCACUUUACGGCACCGGAAUCUCGUCCGCCAUUCUGUCUCGUUUUUUUUUUCCUAAAGCCUGAAUAGUCAUUGAAUAUAAAGGCAUCUAACACAAUGUACCUCACAGUAUCUUAUUAACUCAUUCGCUCCCGGCCAUUUUACUGGAUUUUGACCGAGUUUGCAAGGCCCACAGAAAAUUCUGUUCUAUUGCUAUAUGAACAUGGAACCCACCUGAAGAAAGAUUACUCUUCUUUCAGCAGAAAAAAAGUUCACAUCUUUUUCUAUUCUUUAGAAAUCAGCAUUAGAAAAUAGCUUAGUUUGAGCAAUUUUCCAAUUUCUGAUGAAAAAAAACGGAGAAAAUGAGCUUUUUGUAAACGCAAAAAUUUCUAACAUUGACUUUAACACGGCUAUUUUUUUUGCUUCAGUUACAUCCCAAACAUCUGAAUGUUUUCCUUUUACAAAAUAACAUGAACAACCAGCCAAAUAGAGCUUUUGAUAGCAAAGUAACAAUUUAUUCACACUUACCUGAGAGAUGACGUUUGGUGGCUGCAACAGCGGUUGAACUUUUCCCUCAUUGCCGAUUGUCUUGUAAAGAUGGAUUUUUUUUGUGGUGGUGACCACUGUCUCGUUCGCCUGGGGAACUUGUGUUCCUGGGAGGGGGGGGGACUGGUUUGGCCGUGCACGUUUUCGUGCAGGACACUCGAGCGUGCAGGGGACCUGAGCAGCAAGCCUGCGGAGGGGCUCAGCUAACUUACUAGCACGGUCACAAUAAAGUCGUACUGGUUGAAUCGGAUUGGGGGGGUCUUACCAAAUGCGCUACUGCCCCCCAGUGGCCAGUUUUAUUGCUUUAAAAUAGGUUUUGAGGCUUGUUUUUUGUUUCGAAGAUAGAUCGAGAGCUAUAGAUGCUUCUUGUAAAAAUAAAAAAAAUAAAAAACGCAAAAGACGUAUGAAUACGUUUUUGGGACAAUGAAGCAUUUAAAAAUAGAACGUAUUUAUACGUUUCUGGGAGCAAAUGAGUAUGACAAAUAAUACAUGUUUUUGGACAGUUAUUUUGAAAUUUUGGGGGGGAUUAACUGUGGUACUUAAAAGGUUAAUUCUGACUUGCGCAGAAAUUAAGGUUACAUCGCCAGCCUAGGAAUGUAACCCGGGGACUACCUGUAACUUCUAAUACAUUUAUAUAAUGCGUUUCCAUUGCCUUUCAUAAUCGUGCUUUCAAAGUAUAUUGGCCUCAGAUGUCAGCUGAUUUUUUUUUUUUUUUUUUUUAAAUCGGUAUUAGCUUUUAAAAACAUAUCGGUCAACCUCUAGCUAUGUAUAUUUUUAUGAACAAUGCAUAUAUUGUAAAAACACUAUCAUUUAACCAGACUUUGUUGUGGCCUCAUAUUCUCUUACAGUUUUAUAAUAAAGGAAUGACUGGUCGUUGAA